UAGUUAUUCUGAGUUCGCUUUGAGUUUUGACUAGUUUUUGUAUGCACAGCUUCCUCUUCUGAUGAUCUUCAUGCGUUUCUCGAGGCUUGUGGGCUGCCUAAUCAAUGUUGUAAUUAGGCUUGUUGAGUUCUUUGUCCUCGUUUUCGACUAAUUUGUAUUUGGGCUCAUUUUCAUCCUUUCUUCAUGGACUUGGGGCUGUGACUUAUGCUUCAAAUGAAUUCUGCAAAGACUGUUUUUGUUCAGUAGCAACACUAAUUAACUUUUCAUCAUUAAAAUACAUUACAAUGCUAACAAUGAGGUCUGUUCAAAUCUCAGCGGAGGCAAGAAAACACUAGGUGAUUUCUUUCCAUUUGCCUAAGUCUUGUUGGCUGAGUUAUCCGGUACGUUCGUUGGGGUAUCAAACCCGAACGAACAAAAUGUUGAAUUGAAUCGUACCGGAGGUUAUUCAGAGGAAUAGUUGAGGCCAUGGGUUUGUGGACAUUGCUCGAGGGCUGCUUACUUCUUGCAAAUGCACUUGCGAUAUUGAACGAAGAUCGUUUCCUUGCUCCAAGAGGAUGGAGCUUCCAGGAAUAUUCAGGGGUCAGAAGAAAUUCAUUCAAGGGCCAGCUACUUGGUCUUAUUUAUGCAACUCAAUAUCUGAGAGUUCUUCUCAUACUCUUCAACACACUUUGUAUUGUUGUAAAGUUUGUAUCUGGAUGAUGAUUCUAGCGUGAGACACUGAAGUUCAUAGAUGGAAGGGUUCAGAAAGCUUCCUUGAGGAAAAACACCAACUCUAGUCGCAUCUUGGUAGAUACCCUGAUACAAACUAAUCUUCUUCGAUUAGUUUCUCGGUCUUUAUGGACACGACUGUUGUAAAAUAGGUCAUCAGUGCCUACCUCUGCAUGUUCUUAUUCAAGAAUCAUGUUCUUGGAGUCUAAGCUCUCUUUUUUGCACUGCUGCAUAUUUUGAUUUCACAUAAGAUAAUCUUCUUAGAGUUUGCUAA